UGUCUUAAUGGGGUAUGGGGGGCUAUCUGUCAAACUGGUUGGACCAGCAAUGAUGCUGUUGUCUUCUGCAGAGAACUUGGUUACAAUGGUCCAGGACCAAAUACUUAUUACAAUGCUUAUUUUGGUGAGACAUAUGGACCUGUUAUUUUCAGCAACAUGGCUUGCUUUGGAUGGGAGAACACAAUUUCAUACUGUGGCAAGUUAAGUAUUCCUAAUUUCAACUGUUCACAACAUGACACUGCUGGUCUAACAUGCAAAGAUGAUUGUCAGAAUGGGGAAGUAAAAUUAAUUGGUGGCAAGUAUUCCAAUGAAGGAACUGUUCUUGUAUGCUACAAUAACUUGUGGGGUCUAAUAUCAGACACAGCAUGGAGCGAUGGAGAUGCUAGAGUUGUUUGUAACUCACUAGGACACAGUGAUGGAACUGCUACACCUAUUACUGGAUCAUACUAUGGAAAGCCAAACCUUAUUGUACAUUUCAGGCAUGUGUCUUGCUUUGGUCAAGAAAUGGACAUUAUUCAGUGCUCCAAAACAACCCUUUCCUUUACUAAUGGUAAACUAGCUCUUUCUACUGAUGAAGUGGCUGGGGUUGAUUGUAUUUAUGAUGAACCAAGUGACUGCAUUCCAACACCAGACUGGGUCAACACACAAGGAGCAGAUUGUACUCCUAACGGUAAUGUAAGAGUACAAGGUAGUCAGGAGGCAGGCACUGGUAGAUUAGAGUAUUGUUAUAAUGGAUACUGGUCACCAUUCUGUAAUCUGGAUCCUGUGGCUGCUUCUGUUGCCUGUAAACAACUGGGAUUUACUAAUUAUACUGCUGCUUCAAUUGUUCCUACUACUUCAUUCGGUGUGAUGCAAAAUUUCAGUUUAUUUUAUAACAUCACAUGUGAUGGAAAUGAGACUUCUCUUUCUCAGUGUACAGUUCAUACUUCUGAAUGUACUCCUUGGUGUCCACACACUAAUAUUGCCAUAAGAUGCUUCAAUCCUGGUAUGUGUACUGAUGGUGAGACCAGGCUAGUUGAUGGUAUACUUGAGAAUGAAGGAAGAAUUGAAAUAUGUUACAAUGGAGUGUGGGGAACUGUCUGUGAUCAAGGAUGGGAUAAGACUGAUGGUCACGUACUCUGUACACAGUUGGGAUAUGCUGAAAGAGAACCAAUUGUGUUUCCGAACUCUUUUUUUGGUGCUGGGUAUUAUCCCAUUGUUUAUUCUCACUUUGCUUGUGGAGGAUGGGAAACUGACCUUGCUGAUUGUGAUAGACAAGUUUAUCCUCAAUCAAACUGUUCCAGGGAUCAUGUUGCUGGAGCCUUGUGUGGAUAUGAUUGUAAUAAUGGAGACACUAGGUUGGUUGGAAGUGAACAUAGUUACGAGGGAACAAUAGAAAUUUGCUACGACCAUAUUUGGGGGCUCAUAUCUGAUUCAGGGUGGAGCAUUAAAGAUGCCGAAGUUGUUUGCAGACAGCUUGGAUAUGAAACUCAAGGUACUAUAUCAUAUGACUCUUCAUAUUUUGGAAAACCAAACAAGACAAUACAUUUGGCUAAUGUCACAUGUAUUGGGACUGAAGACACACUCAAUGACUGCACAAGGACAUCAAUCUCAUUGCAAGAUGGAAAGAACAUGAUUGAAUCAACAAACGUAGCAGGAGUCCGGUGCUACGUACCUGACCAUUGUGUUGUACCGCCACCAGAAAAUGAUUUCUGUACUCACGGACAGAUAAGGUUGACUGGAGGCAGACCUACAUAUGCUGAAGGUAAUCUAGAGUACUGCUAUCAUGGCUCAUGGUCACUGUUCUGUUAUCUGGGAGCACAAGAAGCUGUUGUGGCCUGCAGGCAAUUGGGAUACACUAAAUAUGAAAUAACUGCUGUGUUUAAUGAUGGAAGGUUUGGGCUGUCUACUGUAAGUAGUCUCUUUCAGAACUUCUCUUGUUCUAAUGCACCAACUGCAAUGUCACUGAGUGAAUGCGAUAUAAUUGACAGUUGUCAAUCAACUUGUUCAUUUCCAAUCAGUCUUCGUUGUUAUGAGUCAACUGACUGUCAAGAUGGUGAUGUGAGACUAGUCAAUGGUACUUCGAGUGUGUCUGGACGAUUGGAAGUCUGUAAAAAUAAAAUUUGGGGUGGAGUAUGUGGCAGCAGUUUUGAUGACAAGGAUGCAUAUGUUGUAUGCAGGGAACUGACAUAUGGACUAUCAGAUCCAUAUGUGUUUACUGAUUCACAUUUCGGUGAUGGUAAUGGUAUAAUAUUAUAUUCUAACUUUCAGUGCACUGGAUUUGAAGGAGGCCUGGUUGACUGCCCUAAGCAGCAGUACGGAACCUUUGUUUGCCCCCCAAAUGCAGUUGUAGGCAUCAUCUGUAGAGAUGACUGCACAGAUUAUGAUGUUAGAUUGGUUGGUGGUGAGUCGCCAUACGAAGGAACAGUUGAAGUAUGUAAUUAUCAUAGCUGGGGCCAAGUAUUGGAUAGCGGUUGGAGUAACAAAGAAGCACAAGUGAUAUGUAAUCAGCUCAAUUACAACAAUUCAGAAGCUGUUGGCUUGAUUGGUUCUUAUUAUGGUAAGGCCAAUAGGCACAUUCAGUUGGUAGAUGUUGCAUGCAAUGGAACUGAGUUUAACAUUGGAGCCUGUAACAGUGUAUUGCUCACUCCUGAGGAGAUUGCUCGUUACAAUCGCUCGCAUGUUGCUGGUGUUAACUGUCGUCCUGUUAAUGAAACUCCUUCAGAGUCCCCUAGUCCAAUAGUUAGCUGUGAAUUAAUGCCAUCAUCUGAAACCCUGGACUCUAAAUCAUGUCAUUGGUUAUGUUCGUCAAUAGUUCUUGUUAUUGUUGCUAUUGUUCUUAUUGUGUCAAUUGCAAUUAAUAUCAGUUGUGCAUUCUGUCUUGUAUUAAUGAAACGAAAGGGCUCAAAAAAGAAGAAUCGAAGAUCUCCGACAAGAAUGAAUUUUGCUAGCUUGCAAACUCAAUCAGAGUUUCCAAAAGGUGUUGAGAAUCCAAUAUCAGAUGUUGAUGAUGAGAAUCCUUACGAUCUUGGAGAUGACCUCUACACUGGAGAAGUGGCUGACUAUGAAGAAAUGGAUAGUAAAAAGCUUUACAAAAUAAACAAAAAAUAAAAAUAGAAAUACUUAUGUGACUUUUAGCUUAUGUAGAUUGCAGUGUAACUUUCAGUGUUGUCCAAGUGUUUUUUGUGUAUUAUUAUAAUUAUUAUUAUACA